AUGGAAAAUAAUAAUAAUAAUAAUAAUAAUAAAGAAAUCAUUUUAAUUAAUGAUAAUUCAAAUGUUGUUCAAAAUAUUUGGGUAUUUCAAAUUGAAAACAUUAGUAGCAAAAAAUUUAGUAAUUUUGCGAAAAAUACAGUUGAUUCACUUUCCCCUAAUGCUUGGCUUAAUGAUGAAGUUAUUGGAUUUUAUAUUUUUUUUGUACUCCAACCAAUUUAUCAUCUCAAAGAUAUUGUAAUUAAUGAUUCUUUUUAUUUAGAAUGUCUCAAAAAUAAAAAUAUCAAAAAAAUAGAACAAAUUCCAGAAAAUAUAAAUUAUUCUAUUUAUAUAAUCAACCACAAUAAUCAACACUGGUAUUUUAUUAUUGUAGAUUUAACAGAGUUUAAAAAUAAUGGAUCAAUCAAAAUUUUUAACCUAGACUCUAUGGAAAAAAAAUAUAUGAAUGAUGAAACAUUGGAAUCAAUUAAAAAAGAUAUUAAAAAUAGACUCUCUUCAAAAAAUAAUAACCACAAACCAUUAUAUUCAAAUUAUAAUGUUAAAGUUCCACUCCAAAAAGAUAACAAUUCAUGUGGUCUAUAUUUACUAGAAACAUUAGAGGUUUUUUUUCAAUCCCAAAAUAAAAAACAAAUUUUAGAAAAUGGUUUCCCACAUUCUUUUUCAACUGAUUUAGCAAAUAGAAAAAGAAUAGAAAUUUUAUCUUAUUUUGAUGAUAAUUAUUUUAAAAAUCAUCUUGAUCAAGAAAUACAAUCAAAAGUUUCAAAUAUUAAAUUAUUAUGGACUAAACUACCUUAUAGUAUUUUAAAAAAUUAUAAUAAUAAUAAUAAUAAUAAUAAUAAUAAUAAUAAUAAUAAUCAACAAAAUACUAUUUUAAAUAAUUUAAAUAAUACUAUAGAUAAUAGUUUAAAUCGUUAUAAUAAUAAUUUAAAUAAUUUAAAUAGUAAUAAUUUUAAUAAUAGUUUAGAUAUAGAUUCAUCAAUUUAUAAAAUAAUUCUUUUUCCAGUAUGGGAUGAAUAUUUUAAAUUAGAAAAAGUUAAAGAUAGUUUAAAAGAUCAAGAAAAAGAUAGAUUUAAAGAGUUGGAUUUUUUAUUUAAAAGUAUACAAACUGAUUGUAGUUCAAGAACAGAAAUACUACCAACUCUUAGUUGGUUUCAAGAAUUAUUAUUUGAUAAAAUAAUAAAUUAUAAUGAUUUAAUAAUUCAUAUAUAUGAUAAUGAUAAAGAAAAUAAAAAUUUAUCAAAGAAUUUAUUUAAAAAAGAUUUUAAUUUUUUAAAAAUUUAUGAUGGUAAUGAUGAAAAUUUAUCAAAUUUAAUUAUAAAAGAAGAAACAGAAGAAAUAAAAAUUAAAAAAACUGAUUUUUUAUUUGAUAUUGAAUCAAAUUUUUAUAGAAAUUCAAUCAAAACAGUUUUUGGUAAUAGACUUGGUAAAGGAAAUAAUUUAAUUAAAGAUAUUGAUUUAAAAGAAAAACUAAAAAGAUCAAUUUCAAAAGGUAUCCCUAAAGAUAUUAUUAAAGCUAAAAUCAAUUUAAAUUUUGAAAGAGAAAUCGAAAGUGUUUGUAAAGAUAAAGAUAAUUUUUUUGAAAAAUUAAUCUCAAGAUCAUCAAAAUCAAUAAUUGAAUUAUAUAGUGGUAUAGAAGGUUUCAGUUAUAAUUACGAAAUUGUUAAAUUAACAACUUUGGCUUUUACAAAUUAUAAGAAUCAUUUCAAAAUUAGGUUUGAAAAAACUGUUUCCAAUUAUUUAUAUCAAUUUCAAGAAGAUUUAUGUAUCACAAAAUAUCUUAUACAUGCAUUCAUUAAUAGUAUUUUCCAAUCAAACAAAAAUUAUAUUUCAAGUAGUUUGUUCAAAUGGAGUGAAGAGUUUAAAGCAUUACAUAAUGAACUCUUAUAUACCUGGAAGUAUGUAAAAUAUCAAAGCUGUUAUCUUUUUGGUGAAAUGGUAUUAUUAAAAUUAUUAAAAAAAAUUGAAACUAAAAUGUAUCAAAGAAACCUUGUCAAUAGUAAACCUCCACAUGUUGUUGCUGAAAAUGGUAAAUCAUUAGAGUAUGAUUAUAAUUUACCAAUAAACGAUACUUCAAAUAUCACUUGGAGAGAAGAAAACAAACUAGAAAGAUUAAUGCAACCAAGACCAAUCACUAAACAAAAUUUAUCAGAUGACUAUUUAGAGCAAAUUAGACUUGGUAAUUCUUCAAUUUUAUUUAAGAGAUCCAUCCAUGAUUGGUUUAUUAUUUGGUAUUUAAAUUAUAAUGUCAAAGAUCUUGAUUAUUCAGAUUGGCAUCAAGUACUUUUACAGUUUUCAAUUUUUUUAUUUAAUCGUAAAGGUUCAAUUAUUAAGCAAUCAUUAUCGGAAAAGAAAAAAAGAAAUCAAUUAUUAAAUAAUGUAAUGAUCGAUGGUACACUUAGAUCAAUAAAUAGAAUCACUAGAAAAGAAUGUAUGAUCCAAUUAGAAUCAAGAAAUGUUCAAUUUCACGAAAAUUGUCCAAAAAGAAUUCUUUUACAAAUUCUUAAAAAAAAACUUUUAGAAAUACAAGAGGCAAAAGAAGAAGAAAAAUCAAAUCUUACCAAAGUUGAAAAGAUUAUUAUUGUUAAAGGUAAUGAAAAUCAAUUUAUCAAUUCUUUAUUGGGUUCAUUAAUGUAUAGUGAUGAAAAAGAAUUAUUUGAAUUGAAUCAAAUUCAAUUAAAUCAAUCAAAAGAAAUUUUAGAAAAUAAACUUUAUGAAAUUAAUCUUCAAGAACAAAAAGAUCAAAUUAAAAGAGAUCAAUUAAAAGAAAAUGAUAAGCAAAUUAAAAAUCAAAUAUUAAAAGAAAAGAAUGUUAAAAAGAGAACAAUUCACCAACAACAAGAACAAGAUCAAUCAAUUUUAAUCUAUCCAAGCUCUACAAAUAUUUUCAAAAAACAAAAAACAAAUGAUUCUUUAUCAUUAACAACAAAAUCAAUUUUACCACACCAACUUUGUAUUGCUUGUAAUAAAAAGAAAUUUGGUAGUGGUUGCAGUAACCAAAGAUGCCUAGAUUGUUGUAAAUUUUAUUUAAAUAAUGAUAAAACAAAAAUUUGUAAAUAUGGAUAUCAUAGACAACAGUUAUUAGAUAGUGAUAAUAAUAAUAAUAAAUAUAGUAUGCUACCAGGUGGUUCAUCAAAUGAAAAAAUAAAUCUAACAAAAAAACCAAAAACAAUAACAAUGGAAACUUUUCAAUUAACUUCAAGUUAUAAAUUUAAAGAAAUUUAUGGUAUUGUUAAUUAUGGUGAUACCUGUUUUUUCAACUCGGCAAUUCAAUCAAUAUUUAAUUCUCAACUAUGUGAUAUUUUAAAAGAAGAAAUUGAUUGGUCACUAGAUAAAACCAAAUUAAAACAAUUAAUAGAUUAUAGUAAUAUUCAUAAUCAAUUAGAAAAAUAUGAUAUUAUUUUAAAAAAUGUUAACAUUUUAAAAGAUAAUAGAGCCAUUAUUAUUGCUUUCAACUUGAUUCCAUUAUUUCAAAAAAUUGCUAAAAAAUAUAAUGACUCAUCAAAAGAAAUUUUAGAAGAUAUUAAGGAAGAAGUAGAUAUAAUAAAUGUUUUUUUCAAAGAAAUAACUGGUAAUGAAAAUCAAUCUCAACAAGAUAUUAUAGAAUUUAUCAAUUUUUUUUAUUCAAUUUUUGAUACAUUUUUUAUUAAUAGAAUUAUUUUACAACAACAACAACAAGUUGAACAAGUUGAAGAAAAAGAAGAAGAAUUAUUAUUAGAUUUAAAAAUUAAUUCUAAAAUUAAAUAUAUUAAAAAAUAUAAGAAUUUAUUUUCAAAAUAUGAUUUUCAUAUACAUAAUUUUUAUCAAAUUUUAAAAGAAAUUAAAGACCAAAAUGAUUUUCAAAAUUUAUUAAAAGAAAAAAAGGAUCAAGAUAGAAUUAGAGAUCAAAAGAAAGAAGAAAGUUAUAAAAAAAUUAAAGAAGAAAAUUCAAAUAAAACACCUCUAAAUCAACGAGAUACUGAUUUUUUGAAAGAAGAAAUUAAACUUCAAAGAAAAGAAAAACUUGAAAUAUUUGAACAAGAAAUUAAAAAAAAACAUCAUCCACUUACCCUUCAACUAUUAUUAAAAAGAGAAAUUAUUAGAAUGUGUAAAUCUUGUUUUCAAAUCACAGAUCAUAGUUUCACCCGAGAUAUUGGUGAAUCCUCUUGUUUAGAAGAAUCUCAAAUCACAGAUAUUACAAACAAAAUUAGCAAAAGUAUUAUUGAAAUGACACACGAAAAUAUUUUUUGUCCAUUUUGUUUUAAAAACAAUUUUUUAGAGAGAAAAUUACUUUUAGAGCAACCUAAAAUACUUUACAUUAAUUUCAAAAGAAAUGUUUUCAAUUAUUUAACUGGUGAUUUUGAAAAAUCAAAAAAAGAAAUUAAUUUUCAAAUAAUUAAUCAAAUUCAAAUUUUUAAUAAUAAUAAUGAUGAUUAUGAAAGAUAUUUUUAUCAAUUCAAGUCCAUAUCAAAACAUAUUGGUAGUCAUUCAAAUAAUGGUCAUUAUAUUUCAUCAGUUUUAACCAAAGAUAAUAGUGAAAUAAUCAUUUGUAAUGAUCAAAAUUUAUCAAAACUUCAAAAAUUAGAUAUUUCAUAUUUUAAUCAAAGUUGCACAAUUUUUUAUAAUUUAAAUAAUAAUAUUAAAAAUGAUCAAAAUUUA